AUGCCACUCACGAACAUCCCUACGUAUAAUGAAGAAAAAACCAAAAACUGGUUUCUGCAGUUGGAAGCCAUUUUCUCAGUAUGGAGAAUAACGUCACAGCAAUCAAAAUUCGCCAACGUAGUAAAAGUUUUGCCACCUUCAGUGGUCGACGAAGUAGCUGACAUUUUAGAACAUAUACCCAAGCAGGAGCCAUAUACUCGGCUUAAGGAUGCGAUAUUAAAACGAACUGGCCGUUUGGACGAGGAUCUGCUCUGGGAACUUUUCACCCACAUCACCAGGGGUGAGAGAACACCCUCACAGCUCCUACGCUGUAUGAGGAGCCGACUAGAAAAACAUUCGAUGGCUGAAUUGAUCUUGCGUGAACUGUGGAUGGACAAGCUGCCCACCACAAUAAUGCAGAUAUUGGCGCCAAUUGCUGACAAUACACCACUAGACCAGUUAGCAGACUCCAUCGACCACAUCACAACAAAACUGGACCAAAGAGUGUGUGGCCAUGUCGUGCAGUGCCCAGACGACACACCAGCCAAAGACAAAGAUCUGGAAAAGGCAGUAGCUGACCUGCAACAUCAGCUGCAGGAGAUACGAAUGCUCUUGUCCUGCAAAUCAAGAGGCCCGAGGCCAGCGAUGGAGAGUACAGAGUACCAGCAGGGAUAG